CGUCGCUUGACCCUCGGUAAGACAUACAACAAUCCCCAGGAUAAAGCUAGCGUCAUCAUGAAAGCUAUUAAGAUCAAUGCACUUGGAGAUUCGUCUCAAUUGAAAUACGAAGAGGCAUCUAUUCCUGAACCAGGACACAACGAGGCCUUAGUAAAGAAUCUUAUUAGCGGUGUUAAUUAUCUUGAUGUGUAUCAUCGUGAAGGGCUUUUUCACAUAGCUGGCAUUCCUGCAAUCCUUGGAGUGGAGGCCGCGGGGGUUGUUGAAAAGCUGGGGUCUGGUGCCACUGGUAUGGCAGUAGGAGAUCGUGUCGCAUAUUUUCAUCUUAAUUCAGGAAGUUUUGCAGAAUACAGUGUUAUUCCAGUGGAAAGACUUGUCAAAGUGCCAUCAAACAUCACUUAUGAACAAGCAGCAACAACCAUGAUUCAGGGUAUCACUGCUCAUUUCAUGGUUCACACUGUAUUCCCGGUGGGACCUGGUACCAAGGUGUUGGUACAUGCAGCUGCUGGUGGGACUGGAUCCCUGAUAUGUCAAGUGGCUAAAAAUGCAGGAGCGUAUGUUAUUGGGACAACAAGCACCCAAGAGAAAGCUGUCAAGGCAAAGGCUUGUGGAGCCGAUGAAGUUAUUCUGUACUCUGAUCAAGACUUUGUCCAAGAAGUCAACAGAAUCACAGGAGGUUCCGGAGUCAACGUCAUUUAUGAUGGGGUUGGAAAGGAGACCUUUCUUAAAGGUUUUAAGUGCCUCAAGAAACUUGGUACCAUGGUUCUUUACGGCUACGCAUCUGGUAUCCCUGAAUCUUUGGAUCCUUUUAUUCUUUCAAAUGGGAAUGGGUCACAUACUCUCUCUCACCCAAAAAUAGUCGACUAUGUAGCGACGCCUGAGGAGUUGUCUGAGAGAGCAAACGCUGUAUUUGAUUGGAUCGCACAGGGCAAGAUAAAAAUGGAAGAUUUUACCAUUUUUAAGCUUUCAGAAGCGAAGAAAGCUUUUGAUCUGCUCGAAGGCAGGAAGACAACUGGAAAACUCUUCCUUAAGGCUUGAUUUUGUUUUUCAAACUAGAUGUCCUGAAAAUUUUUAGCAAGCUUUUGAUGCUAAUUAAUCUAGUUAGGCAGUGUGAUGUUUUAAAAUUGAUUUCAGCGCUCUUAUAUUUUAGUAUUGCACGGUGCUUGUCGUUACCUUCCCGUUAACAAUUAAAUUGUAAGUUCGAGAUUUCUAUCGCGUGAUAGUUGAUGAGAGUGAAGCCCGAAUCAAUCACGCAUAGAAACUUGAGAGCAAAAACCCUUUUAUUCCAAAUCUUCUAGUCGUUCAAAAUUAAACAACAAAACAGGAUCAUGUUUUUUUUCGUAAAUCUGUGAUGGUGGUAGAAGUCUUUAUUUCAAUAUUUCCUUGGCUGAAGUUAGGCAAAUAACAAUAAUAAUAACUUUAACAAAUAUAAAAGUAAGUACUGAAUUUGUUUUCUACAAAAUUAUUUAUUUUCUACCUAAGUUGGGAACAGUUUUUGACUCCUAGCUAAAUACAUCCUUGUAAGUUUUGUAUACUAGAAUAUGUAGGUGUGUGUUUCCUUGUAUUCCUGAAACAUUUCCAUGAUCCUUAAUUAAACCAUUUAUUAUUGUGAUCCUAAGUUUGAUUGCCCUGUUUAACCAGCCCCAUAUGGUUACUUAUUAGGGCUGCCAGUGCUCGCUUCUUUUCUCGUCAACAUUAAGUAAACAAAAAAAUGUAAGUGCAGGAUACAAAUAAAGAGGUGCUGUUUU